AUGAUCACCAAGCAGCUAGCUGACCUCACCAAGAAGAUGGAGAGGAACCAAGUGGCAGCCAUCACCACUUCACCAACAACCCAAGAAGAAAUGGAUGAAGAGGCAGAGGGUAAUCUUGAGCAAGCCAACUGCAUUGGGAAUUCACCUAGACAGAACCAUGAUCCAUACUCCAAAACCUACAACUCUGGAUGGAAGAACCACCAAAACUUUGGGUGGGGGAAUCAGCAAGAUCAAAGCCAAGACCAGAGACGUUACAACUCCAACAACAAUGUAGCUCAUCAACAAUUCACACAGAGGACAUAUCAGCAUCCCCACAACAACACUUCUCCAUACCCAUAUCAAAACCAAAACAACACAUCUACUCCCAAUCCACCAUCAUUUGAUGACAAGCUCUCUAAGAUUGAAACAUUACUUGAAGGAAUAUGCCAAGAGAUUCAAGAAAACAAGGUGUUCAAAGAGGAGGUGCGAGCCAAUAUUAAGAACCAGGGAGAAACCAUCAAGAAGCUGGAAUUCCAAGUGGGAUGCUUAGCUGAGAAGAUUCCCAAACCUACUGAUGGCUUCCCAAGUGAUACGGAGAAAAACCCAAAAGGAGAAGCAAAGAAAGUAAGAUGGGAAGAUUGCAAAAUGAUCACUACAAGUGAUCAAGAGGAUGAAGACAAGCAAAGCAAACUCUCCCAACAGCCUGAAGACAACUCAACAGAGGAGGAGGAUAGAGAUCACCAAGAACCAGAAAUCUCACAACAAGAGUUGCUUAAGCUCUAUGCACCAUUUCCCCAACUGCUCAAUGGUGCUGUGGGGAAGAGAAUAUACUCAAGGUUCCUAGACUUGUUUGCAUCUCUGCAUGUGAACAUACCAUUCAUCAAGGCCAUCCAACAAAUGCCUGCAUUCAUCAAGUAUAUGAAGGAACUUCUUCCCAGGAAAAGCUCACUCAAAGGAGGCCAAACUAUAGUGUUGAACAAGGAAUGUAGUGCCCUUAUUCAACCUGAGUUGCCUGCAAAAAGAAAAGACCCAUGGAGUUUUCACACCCCCUGUGCCAUAGGAGAAAUAAUGUUUGAUAGAGCACUCUGUGAUUUGGGGGCAAGCAUCAACUUACUGCCAUUAUCCUUGGUAAAGAGGCUGGAAAUCAAUGAGAUAAUGCCCACAGAUGUGGUCAUCAGACUGGCUGACAAGACUCAAAAGCAAGCAAUAGGAGUGGUGGAAAAUGUGUUGCUAAAGGUUGGGAAAUACUUUCUCCCAACAGACUUUGUCAUCCUGGACAUGGAAGAGAGUCACACUCACCCAAUCAUAUUGGGGAGACCCUUCCUAGCUACAGCCAGAGCACUCAUAGAUGUGGAGCAAGGGGAGCUAAUAUUGAGGAUCCAUGAUGAACGACUCAGCUUUAAUAUCUUCAAAUUCUCACAAGAAGCAGACCAAGAGCACAAGGAACCAAGCAAAGAUCAUAAUGAGAUAUUGAAGGAGGAAGCAAGCACUGAAGUACACCCAACCUAUCUGGAGACCCCUUUGGUUGAUAAACAAGGGAAACAGCAACCAUCACAGCUCAAGGAAAAGUUGGAGGAACCUAAACCUCUAGAAGGAUGUGAAGACAACAUCAAAACCCCCUUAGAGGAAGAAGUCAUCAAGAGCAAGGCAAUAUCAAAAGACACAAGGAAGAAGGUACCAAGGAGGUGGAGGAACAAAAAGAUCCCUACGGAAGACCUUUCUCCAGGGGAUAGAGUGAUCUCAGCUUACUUCCCAGAUAUUCCCCCUAAUCUCCCCACUGUACCAUCUCAGUUACCUAAAGUCUUCAUAAUCAACAGAGUUCUUUCCCUGGAACAUGUAGAGAUCAUUGAUACAACCAAUGGAUACAAGUCCACAGCAAGAGGGGAGGACUUCGUGUCAAUGCCAUGGGAAAAGAAAAGGAGCAUUGAUGGGGAUUGA